AUAACCAGGAAGUGACUAAAAUCUGUGGGGAGUUGUUGAUUGCUCACAAUUUUAACCGCGGCUGCUACUCUGCACAGAAACUUAAUGAUGGCAGUGGACUGGAUAGGAUUCAGCUAUGCCGCAGCCAUUGCCUUUGGAGGUUUUAUGGGAUACAAAAGAAAAGGGAGUGUCAUGUCCCUGAUGGCUGGUCUGGUGUUUGGUGGACUGUCAGCAUAUGGUGCUUACAACAUCUCUAAUGACCCCAAGGAUAUCAAGAUUUUACUAGUGUCAUCUGGGCUUCUCUCGAUCGUGAUGGGAAUGAGAUACAAGAAAUCACGGAAAUUACUGCCUGCUGGUGUCAUGGCAGGGUUCAGUUUAUUCAUGGUGUUUCGAUUGCUACUUCAUAGCAAUCGAAGCCCUUCGAGACAACUGUUGUUGUGAUUUUGGGCGUUACAAAAAUAAAUGAAUUGAAUUGAAUUGAAUAUCAUCAUAUGACCAGAAAAGGACUUCGGUGAAGGCUAUCUAAUAUGUUCAGACAAUUUUGAUAAAAAGAAACCAUUCCUCCAAAAGCAUUUCCUUGACCUUAAGUAAACCUGAUGACCAAGAGCUGACACAUGCAGUGAAAGCUUUCUAUAGACU